AUGGCUACAACGAUCAUUGAGAUUCCCACUGAUCAUUUCGAUUCCGUUGUUGAUGACGUCAUCUCCGGUGGUGGUGACGGAAUUGAGAAGAGCGAUUCUAAACCGAAAAUCGAAUCGGAGCUGAAAACCAAAUCCGACGAACUGGAGAUUGAUCAAAUGAAGAAACUUAAGAAUAACAAUCAAUCUCUCGACGAUUUCAUGGUCGUUAAGAAACCAUCUGGUGAAGAAGAUGACAACAAGAAAGAUGUCAUUAACCGGAUGAGAAGAAGCAAUUAUAACCAAGAGAGGAGAGUGAAGUUACCUGGAAGAGCUUCAAAGACUCAAAGAGAAUAUAGUAUUAGAAGAACAGUUUAUGUCUAG